AUGAGCAGACUGCAGAUUCCCUCUUUUGGCAGGAGGAAAAAUACUCCCCCAGUCAUUCCUGCUGCCGGGGCGACCUCCUCUCCAGCGUCGGCUUCUUCUUCAGCCACCAUAUCUGACACUGUCCCGAGCGCAGUGGCUACUAACCCUGCUGCCAGCGCCCCUGCGGCCAACCAGAACGCGCCCUCCCCAGCUACCAUAGCUCCUGCUGCUGCGGGGGGCGGUCGGGACAAAGAGCGAGGCAAAAGGCCUCAUCCUGACAGUGAAAUCGACCCUGAGGAGGAGCCUCUUAUUAGAAGGACCCGAGUCUCUGGGCCGGGUACUCUCUUGCACCGAGCGAUCAGAGCUCCUUCUCACUCUGGGCCUCCUGCAGCUGGUGGCUCUGCUUCUGCUUCAGGCCCCCCUUCUAUCCCCAGCUUGCCGCCAUGGGCCCCUCGGUACACUCGAACGGAUGGGACGUUCGUGAAACCGAACGAGACCAUGCUGAAGGAUGGCCAGACCGCUAUGGCCUACUACAGGAGCAUGUGGACUCCGAAGGACAUUGAGGCGGCAAAGGGCCUUUCCCAGAAGGACGUGUUCAGUCGCUUUCCCCAAUCUGCUAUGGAGACAUUGUUUGGGAUGAUGGCCAUGCAGAAGCAGGUGGAAAUGGGGAACGCCAGGGCCCGAAAGUAUUCUGACAGCCUGGAGGUGGCUAAUAAAGAGAACGACCUCCUUGCCAUGAAGAAUACCGAGGUGCUGGUUCGGCUUGACAAAGCCGAGCAAGAGAGAGAUGUCCUGAAAAAGGAGAAUGAUUCCCUUCAGGAUGAGAAGGACGCCCUCCAGCUCGAGAAGAGCGUCUGGCAGACUGAGCAGGAAUCACUCAGAGAAGAGAAGGCAGAACUCCAACGUCUUCUAGCUGAUGAACAGUCUGCUCGGAUGGCUUUUGAAAAAAGAGCUCUGGACGAGCGUACCGCUCUGAUCGACGUUAUCAGCAGAGUGGGUGGUGGGAUGCUGGCCCUUCAUGCUCGGUUCUCCAGGGUCGGUGCUCUUCGGUAUGCUCAAGGAUUCCGGGAAGGCUUCGCCGACCGGGUUCCGGAUGAGGGACAGACCAGCUCCACUCCGGAUGAGGUAGACAAGGAUCUGGGGAUCGAGCCUCUGGGGGUCUAUGUCGACCCAGAACCCACCGAAGCGGAGCGUAUAUUUGAUGAGUGCCAGGACAUCGCAUCCUCAAGGAUCAUCACAGCUCCUCCUACCGCUCUGCCACUGACCGCUCCCCAAUCGUCAACCGUGGCUCCCUCUGUAGCCACUGCUGACGCUGAACCCCAGCCGAACGACUCAGUUAUUCACCUGGAUUCCCCACCUCAUGAAGGUGAGGCGGCUGAUGGGGCCGAGGGGGCGAGUCGGCAGGACCAGGAUGCUGUUGAUCCUGUCACAAUCGAGCAACUCGCGGUUGCGUAG